CCCAGACUUCGACCUCUGAUUCUUCAUCCUUGUUGAUCUUUACCACUUUUUUGGUGAUCACUGGUUUGACUCGUGUUUCCUUUAUCAUGAGAUUGAGAACCUCUUGGCUUGGGUCCUGGUCGUUGAUGUUACGUGACCUUUUGAGACUUGUAGUCACGCCUGUCGUUGGGCCAGGGGCUGAAGCACUAUCUGAGGCUGAGCCUGAGCCUGAGGCAGCGCUUGCUGAUGAGGCAGAUGCCAUUGAUGUGAGGGCGAGCAAUGGGAUGAUCGACCACAAGACAACAGAGAUGGAGGCGAAAUCGAUUGCAACAGAGAUGGUAAAGGCAUUGGAGGAGAAAGUGUACAGGGAGGUAGAGCAGUGCAUGCAAGCCAUGCAUAGAGUUGAGGAAGAGGCAAUUGCAGCAUUGAGAGGCGUGACAGAGGAGAUCAAGAACAGUGGCAGUCUUUGCAAUCCCCGCAGGGGUUCCCAAGCCUCGACUAUGGCGAUGGACCAGAGAGGAGUACAGACUCGUCAGAGCGAUGCCGCUGACAAUCUUGUCAGAGCGGAUAUCAGUACGGCAGAGCCACAGACAAAGCAAGAGGGGGAGAUGGUGGUCCCAGGCUAUGUAAGAGGAGGGAAUAAUCAACUUGGGGAGGGUGAUGUGAUGAUGGCCAGCUCGCUGAGUGCUCCACCAACACCCAGGGGAGUGAGUAGACGACGGUCUAGAGGAAGAGAGAAGAGCCCACAGUGCACUCCAAAGGGCGCCAUCACGAGGACAGAAUUGAUUCAGUUGCUCGGAAAGCACACAAAAGAAGUGGGUUGCCGGAUCGAUGCAUUAAAUCGAGAUGUGAAAACACUAAAGGACAUGGUGAAAACAUUCCAUGCAUCAAGAAGAUCUCUUGACUCAAAGAGCAAGCUGAAAGGAGGCUUAUCAAGAACGACAAGAUCAUUAAGCAACCAGAGAAUGCCAAUCACUAUAAAAAAUCCUUCCAUCCCUGAGCAACUCUUAGGAAGACUCGUGCGUCAGAUGAACGAUUGCAAGGCGCAGUCUCAGAAACUGGGAGGCCAAGUGUCACUGAUGAGCAAGGACAUGAAGGAAAAUCGACGAGCGGUAUCGAGUCUAAGGGCUGUAUACAAAACGUUGACCAAGAAGAAAGUUCCUUCAGCCUCAACCAUAGUUAAAGAUUACCUUGCACAGGAAGAGCAAGGAACUGAACUACGCGUCCCAAGCAACGCAGAACAUGACACCAAGUCAAGGCCCCCAACCAUCCCGAAGAAAAGUUCUGGGUUGAAAGCCGCCCAUCCCAUACCCAAAACUCCUGGUAAGGGCAACUUACCUCUCUCCUAUGGUGUCGGUAGGGAUGUCAGGUUGCCCCUAAGGCCACAGGAAGCGACUUAUCCAUCAAACACAUGCAGAAGGAAAGCUAGUCGGCGCGUGGAUGAUGAAUCGGACGAUUCCUGUUCGGGAACCAAGAUUUGUCACCACUUCACCAUCAUGAAGGAAACGGACUCAGAGAGGAGACAGACCAAGCCAGCAGAACAUCCAUACCGGCCUUCAGAGAAUCAACGGUGGGAGCAUGUUGCAGAAUCGCCACUCGCUAACCACCAUCCUUCACCAUUGUCUCAUCAUCCGGCCUCUAUAGACUUCACCUUUGCUCCGACAGCUACCGCAUCCGCUUGGGAUGACAUUCAGAAGAGCUCGGGCUUUCCGCAACCACCCGUGCAAAGUCCACAUUUCCAUCACCGCCACUCGCCAGUUUCCGACUGGGAUCAUUCCUCAAUCCAAACAUCUAGGAAGGGGUCUAACCAUUCAGCUGAGAGCUCAAUUGGUUCUGGGUUUGGUAUACAUGGUCAAGGAGGAGGAGAAAGACAGGCACAUGACUCUGAGAUGGAGAGGGACUCAUCAGAGGGGCAAUGGGGGAAGUCUGGCCGGGGAAGCGAGUUGGAGAGACUGAGCCAACAACACGACAAUUCACCGUCAAUCCAUCGGCACGAAGCAAAGCAUUCACCCUUCGGUGGAAGCAGUAGCACCGAGCCCAGGAGAGAGGCACGGCGCCGUUAUGCAAGCUUACUGAGAAGGACAGAGGAUCGGUGUAAUCGCCUUAGGGAGUUGUAUGAUGAGCUGUCAGCACUGGACAAACACUGACUGAUGAACAGUAUUGUUGGUUUCCUCGAGGGCUACAUUCACGCUUCUGAAUGUUGCCCCUUCUUUGCCGACUUCACUCCUCACCAGACAUGCGUCUGGUUUUGGAUUUGAAGGACAAGUUGCUUUCCACAUUGAGUUUGCGACAGGACGCGCUUGGCUGGAUUUGGCACUACAAGCCUACGGCGGGGAAGGGAGGGAAUCCUUUUCUGGCUGCCCCGUUGUGAUGACAAGGAAGUUCCUGUCCUGGAAAUCACUCGACAAGUGGACGUCAAUUUGCCGU